UGACUGCGGCGGCGGCGUGGAUGCCCGCGGUGCAUGCGGUGGUGUUGCGACUGCGGGGCGGCACGGUGGACAGAGCCCUCACGGUUGGCCGCGCCGUGGACACGGUGCUGAUGGACGACGUGUGCAUCACGAACGGCGUGGCUGUGGUGUUCGACGUGCCUGCGAUGCUUCCCGGCGCGCUGCGCAUUGAAUUGAGGAACUGCGUGUGCGACGGCGGUGCGCAGAUCUACGUGCGGGGCUACAGCGGCGAGCCGGCGAGUGACCGGAGCCUGGAGGUGAGCGUGAGCGGGCUGUCCGGGAGCUACUGCUCGCUUGUGUUUGUGCACAACCUGCCGGCACACACGAACGUGACGGUCCGUGACUCGACGAUUGUGACGGCGGGGCCGAUGCGCUACUCGCAGCUGAGCGGGCUGACGGACGCGGUGGCGUCGCCGCUUGUGCUGCACGUGACGUCGCUGUUGCAGACGCAGCUGCGUGUGAGCAACACUGUGCUGAGGUCGUUGCAGGCGGGCGGGUCGGCGGUGUACGUUGGCGGCGGCGUGGACCUGCUGUCGAGCGCGGUGGUGCUUGACGGCGUGUCGCUGGAGGCGUCGGGCGGUCCGACCGCGUCCGCGAUGCAUGUGUCGUCCUCGUCGCGUCUCAGUCUGCGGAGCCACUCGGUGUUCUCCGUGACGAACGUAUCGGUUGUGAGCAGCGGCGGCGGCAUUGUGCUUGGCGAGCACCUCGAGGUGUUUGAUUCGGUGCUGCGCUUUGUGGGCGUCGAGGGGUCUGUUGCGUCGUCGCUGGUGCGCUGCGACGGUGGGACGGUCGGUGUCGGCGGGUGGCUGGAGCUGCGCGACGUGUGGGCGGUGGGCGAGGCGUCGUCGGUGGCGUCGCUGUCGGGGGUGACGCUGAGCGGCGGUGCCGUGUCUAUUGCGCGCUGCGCUGCCACUGGCGCGACGCUUGUCUCCGGGCUGACGAUCACGGGCGGUGUCGUGUCGGUGCAGUGCAACCGUGCCGGCGGCCGGGUGCUGCAGGGCAGCGACGACUACCGCAUGGCCGGCCUGCCCUCCGUGAGCGUGGUGCCGUGCGACGGCUGUGUGGCAGUGCUGGCGUGCUUUGAUGCGCUGACGGCGUCGUUCUCCGACUGCGUGUGCAGCUGCCGUGCCGGCGGCGUGGGCGAGGCGUGCCUGCCGUUCGACGUGCCGCCUGCGAGGGCCGGCGGUGGUGGUGGCGGUGCGGAGGGCUGCGUGAGUGGCGUGACGCUGACGGAGUCCGUGACGGUUGGCGACGGGCGUGCGACGGCGUGCUUUGACUCGGUGGUGUUCAGCGGGCCGAUCACUGUGGCGGUGGAACUGCGCUUGAUGGACGCGUUUGCCGACGCGCUGGACGUGACGCUGCGCCACUGCGUGCUUGCGGGUGGCGCGCAGCUGCGGAUUGGUGGCCUCAGCGAGAGCACGGCGCGCCUGAUGCCCCACGCCCUCGUCAACAUGACGAAUGUGACGUCGCUGGAGGGCACGAUUGUGCUGCAUGGCGCGAUGCCGCUGCACUCGAGUGUGCUGCUGGCGAACUCAACGCUGCGCGCGACGGUUGGCGGGUCGCAGUACGUGCCGACGACCCAUAGACACGAGGAAUUUCGGUACGGCCCCGCGCUUGUCCUGGACGGUGUCCGGCUUCUGUCGACGCGGUUUGUCAUGACGCGGUCGACGCUGGUGUGUGGCGGGGGCUCGUGCGCUGCGAUCCUCGUGGAGCGCGGCCUCGCCGUGAACCUGUCCAGUGUCUUCUACAUGGACAACUGCGUUGUUGGGUCGCGGGAGCACGUGAUUUACGCUCUUGCGUCGUACAUGCGUGUCAGCGGCGGCUCCGUGUUCUCCAUACAGAACAGCUCGUGGAUUGCUCCGAGCACCGAAUAUUAUAAAGGCGCGUGUGUGUUUGAGGAUGUUGUUGUGGAUGGUGGCAGCGUGCUGCAGAUUGUGUCCAGCACGUUCCGUCUCGGCUUCGCCAUGCUCAUUGCAAACACGCUGACUGUGACUGGUGGCAGCUGGCUGGUGCACCGCAACAACGAGUUCCGCACCGCCUACGUUGUGCACGUGGCCAAGGAGAACGGCGUGGUGUUCUGCGACCAGAGUGUGUGGUCGAUAUUUCACAACAAACUCACGUACGGCUCGUACUCGUCGACCAUUGCACACAUGACAAGCAACUGGCCACCACCAUCCGACUCGCGCCCGAUAAUCUACGGCAUGUGCAACGAGCUAAGGGGCUCACCUGUGACGAAUUACGAAGACGACCUCAAUAUUGGAGCACCCGUGGCGGCACUGGACUGUGGCGCGUGCACUGUGGACGCCGUGUGCUUUGCAGCGAGGACGAGCAGCAUCAGCGGCUGUGAGUGUGAGUGCGCUGCUGGCGGCUACGGUGACACGUGUCUGCCAGCUGCGGUUCCGGACGGCCUUGGGCCGCUCCCGCUCCCCGACGCGAAGGACACGGAGGUCCGCUGCGUGCACGGUGGCAGCAUCAGCUCCGUGGAAGUCCCGGCUCCCGGUGUGCGUGGUCUGUGCUUUGUCAACGUGACCUUCACCGCCGCGAUUGUGCUGGACCUGUCGUAUUUUGACGCGCCACAACAGACACUCAACAUCACACUGCUGCAAUGCGUUCUCAUGGGCCUGUUGAUCAAGGGGAGUGGUGCGCGUGUGCACGUGAACGUGACAUCCUCGGUAUUGGAUGCUGGUGAGUUUGCGUUUGAGGGUGAUUUUGGUGCGAGCUCCCAGAUACUGGUGGUAGGCAGUACGUUUGUGACGACGUCGAGCCACGCCAUUUUAUUUUUAAAGGUUUUUUUUUGGGUGAACUCGACGCUGCUGCUACUUGACAACCGCAUCGAGGGAAAUGUUCACUCAAUUAAUUUCUUUAGUGUUGUUGUUGAUGGUGGCGGGAUCAUUGUGAAGGGGAAUACGCUGAGGGUAACGGAGGAGGAUCACGGUGCGGAAUCAGCCUUUUGCGUUUACGCUGUUGACGUGAAGAACGGCGGCUACAUUGACGUGGAGAACAACACGAUGAACGCAGUAAAUGGCAUUUAUUUUUAUGAGGGGACCACCGUGAGCUCCGCGGGGCUGCUGCGAGUGGCGGACUGCGCCUUUAUUGGCAGCACGAAGGUUUCGACUUCUGCGCUGGUGUAUUUGUAUGGCUCUUUGACAGUCGAGGGCGGUGCGCAGUGGCGUGUGGAGGGCAAUAGCGUGGGUGCAGCCUCAGUAUUAACUAUUCCUUAUUCCUGGCACGAAAUUCAGCUGUCGGGCAGCGGCACUACUGUGGCGCUUGCACACAACGGUCAGGUGGGCUCGAGGGUUUCAUUCGCCAAAUUUCUCCCGUCGAGCAUUGUCGUGACGUUACCCGCGCGUUUUGUGGUUGGGUGCAACCUGCAGGACGAUGAGGAGGUGUCGUACGACGAUGUGUUUCCGGAGGACGUGGUGGUAUUCGGGUGUGGCACGUGCAACGACGACGCGGCGUGCUACAUGCCAGGGACGGAGUUGGUGGACCGCGGCUCGUGCUCGUGCAGCUGCAAGGACGGAUGGCAUGGCGCGUCGUGUCUUCCCUUCGAGGUGCCCGACACGGUUGUGCCGCCCUUGCCGGAGAGAGCCGUUGACGGUGACACGAGCUGCGUGGUGAACAAGACGCUGACGAACCUCACGCUGACCAUGUGGAAGACGCACCACUGCUACGUGGGUGUGACGUUCAGCGGCGUGGGUGCUACGCUGACGUUUUUCCUCAACAGUAUGCCGCUGCAUCUCCCCAUCAACAUCACGCUCACUGGAUGCACAUUCUGUGGCGGUGCCGUGCUGCAGUUUGUUGGGGGUGCUGAGGUGGCCGAGUCAGCCGGCGUCCUUAUCCGCGUGAGCCGGACGGUGAUGCGGUCCUCUGUCGUUUUGUUUUUACUUGCUCUCCCGCAGCACUGCGACAUCGCCGUCACGGAGGUUGACGCGGUGCAGACCCUCAUGGUCGAAUUACCGGGCACUGUGAGCAGAGUGCUGAGCGUAUUGUUUUUGAAGAACGUCUUGUUGAGUGCGUCAACGCUGCUGGUCAGCAACGUCAAUGCGCGUGCAACGAAGCGUGAUGCGUUUGGUUUGUACUCGACCGGGACGCUGACGCUGGUGGGUGGCAGCUCGCUGUACGCGCGUUACUGCAGCUUUGAUGGGUACAUGCAUCUGUUGUAUGUGUACAUGCCGAGUGUGAGUGAACACUCUGUUUUUGCGCUGCUCAACAACAAAAUUUCCUCCGGGACAAGUCUGCUGUAUCAGCUCCAAGGAUUGAGCGUCUCGGAACACAGCGUGUUGCGCGUGGUGGGGAACAGCGGUUCCGUGUCAUACGUCAUCCUUGCAGACGGCUCGUGGACCGUCCAGCGGUCAAGCUGGCUGGAUUGGCGCGACAACGACGUUGGAGUGGGUGCGAUGUUCUACGACAGUGGCUCUGCUUUUGUAAGCAUCGACGGCAGCAGUGUGGUGACGCUGACGGGCUGCAAGAUGGGCUUUACGGGGUUGUCGGUGUCUUUGCUAUCGCGGGUUAACGCUGGCUACCGGUUCGUUGCUGGGUGUCUGACGGUCGCGGGAAGAGUUUUUAUGACGGCAGCAGAACUGGAGCUGAACAGCAUCACCAACGUGACGACGGUUGCCGCGUGCGGGCAGUGCACGAAGGAGGGCGACUGCUUUGCUCCGCUGACGACGGCUGUCAUUGACUGCAAGUGCCAGUGCGCUGCUGGAGGGCACGGCGAUGUGUGUGUCCCGGCGCCUGUGCCUGCUGGCCCGCCGCCACCACCGCCGCCGCCAGUGCCGCCCACACCGCCACCGUCGCCGGUUGGUGAGUGCAUCAGCGACAUGGUGUACCCCGAGGUGGCGCAGGCUGUGGGCAGCGGGCUGUCGUGGCUGUGCUACCGCAACGUUACGUUCAGCGGGGGCGGCAUGAGCCUGACGGUGCUGAUAGGCGCGAUGACGGGCGACGUGGCGAACGUCACGUUCGAUGGAUGCACGUGGAGGGACGGUGCCGUGCUGUUGCUGUUGGGCAAUGCGUACGCCACUGUGGGGGCGCUGAACAUCGUCGUCACCGGCAACACAUUUAGUGACGCGCUGCUCAGCCCGGAGGGUGUGUUUCCACCGCGCACGAACAUCACGAUCAGCGGGAACCGCUUCACGGUCACGAGGCCGAUCCCUCGGUCGGGUUUGGACGUUGGCAGCCCGUCGUGUGUCGCGAUGAAUGGGCUGGCGAUCAGCAAUGACUCCGCGGUGGUGCUGAGCGGCAAUGUUUUUCAGAGCGUGACGGCAUCGUCAAGCGCCAUUUACGUCGUUGAAUCUUCUCUGAGGGUGUGGUGGCACUCAGUGUUUGCGGUGGUGGGCAACACGUUUCAUAUGGCUGGCAGUACGUUGAUAUAUCUUGAAGGGUCUAGCGAGUCCUUGUCACUGAGUGUACUGAACAACUCUGCCGUGGUGAUCCGAGACAACAUUGUGUCGAGGCCGGUGCGGUACUUCGUGUAUUUUUUUUUUGCAUUACGUGUGGAGUCUUUUUCAGCGGUUGUGUUUCAGGGCAACGAGAUGCAGGGAAGCUUGGUUGUGUUUUAUUCAAGCCACUCCUACAACAUCUACUACAACUCCUGGCUGCAGUUGAGCGGCAACCUCUGCCGUGAAUCCCCAUCGGAAGCUUUCCUCUUUAUUAACCCCGAGGUGAAUCUCCGCGACUCCACGGUGUCAGUAUCUAGCAACCAAUUUUUAUCCAGCACAGGCACGCCGAAAGUGCUGCAGAUACUCAAAAGGUCCCGCGAUCUCACAAACGGAGCGAUUGUGGCUGCGUGCAACACUGUGAACGGCGAGGAGGAGGCGAAAUACAGCAUCCCGUCCGUGUACAAUGCCACAUUUCUGACCUGCGAGGACCCAUGCACUCUCGCGGCAUCGUGCUUCCCUGCGUACACGACGACGGCCUCGAGUGAUGGCUGUGCCUGCACGUGCGCGGAGGGCGGCCAUGGCGAUGCGUGUCUGCCCGUUGCUGUCCCCGAGCCCUCAAGCACUGACGGCGCCGACUUGUGCGUGCGGGGAC